AAACUAGUUUCAAAUCGCCAAAAUACGAGGAUUUGACCGGUGAUUGCAGAAGGCGGGAAAGGGGAUUCUGCAGCCAUUGCUCUUCGAAAUCUCUACCAAGUUCAAGCAAACCCUCUCUCCACCUACUCCAAUCCGAGCAACCAUGGAGAGAAUCAACGUCGCAGUGAGAGCAAGACCUCUGUCGUCGGAAGAUGCCAAGAGCAGUCCUUGGAGAAUCUCCGGCAACUCGAUCUUGUUCGCAAACCCUACCACCAAGUUUGAAUUCGACCGGAUUUUUAGUGAGGACUGUAGAACUGUGGAUGUUUAUGAGUCAAGAACUAAAGCUAUUGUUUCAGCAGCUAUUGGUGGAUUCAAUGGCACUGUUUUUGCAUAUGGACAAACAAACAGUGGCAAAACACAUACAAUGCGUGGGUCUAGUGUUGAACCAGGAGUCAUCCCUUUAGCAGUACAUGAUCUAUUUGACAAGAUACAACAGGAAACGGAUCGUGAGUUUCUUUUAAGGAUGUCGUACAUGGAGAUCUACAAUGAGGAAAUCAAUGAUUUGUUGGCACCAGAACACCGAAAGCUGCAAAUCCAUGAAAGCAUUGAGCGUGGCAUAUUUGUUGCUGGCUUAAAAGAAGAAAUUGUUACUAGCCCAAAACAAGUGCUUGAAUUUAUGGAUUUUGGUGAAGCUCAUCGUCAUAUUGGGGAGACAAAUAUGAAUUUACACAGCAGUAGGUCUCAUACCAUUUUCCGCAUGAUUAUUGAGAGCAGGGAUAAAGUUGAAGAUGAAUUUGCAGAGAGCUCAUGUGAUGCUGUUCGUGUAUCUGUUUUGAACUUGGUGGACCUUGCGGGUUCAGAAAGAGCUGCAAAGACUGGUGCAGAAGGUGUUCGCUUGAAAGAGGGGUCCCACAUCAACAAAAGCUUGAUGACACUUGGAACUGUUAUUAAAAAGCUAAGUGAAGGUGCUGAGAGUCAAGGGGGUCAUGUUCCCUAUCGAGACAGCAAACUCACACGUAUUUUGCAGCCUGCACUUGGUGGAAAUGCAAAUACAGCCAUCAUCUGUAACAUUACCUUGGCACAGAUUCAUGCUGAUGAGACUAAAAGCAGCCUUCAGUUUGCAAGCCGAGCUUUACGUGUCACUAACUGUGUUCAUGUGAAUGAGAUUUUGACAGAUGCUGCUUUACUAAAGCGCCAAAAGAAAGAAAUCGAGGAGCUUCGAGCAAAGUUACAGGGUUCUCAUUCAGAGCACUUGGGAGAUGAGAUUCUCAACUUGCGGAAUACAUUGUUGCAGAGUGAAUUGGAGAGGGAGCGAAUAGCUCUGGAGUUAGAAGAGGAAAAGAAAGCUCAAGCUGAAAGAGAUAAGAUGCUGCAAAUGCAAGCAAAGAAGAUCCAAAACUUGAGUUCUAUGGUUAUAAGUUCAAGUAGAGAUGAAGUUCCUAAUUAUCACAAGAAGGAAAAGAGGCGUGAUACUUGGUGUCCAGGGAAACUUCCAAAAAAGAUGAUGAAUGAGUUACCUUCCACUAUCCCAACACAAGCUUCUGCAAUGAAACCUGUUAUUAGAAGUGAACGUGAAAGAGGACCACUUCUACCUUUUGAAGAACUAGUAAAUGAUAACACCUCAAAUGCAUGCAAUCAGGAGAGAGAUUGUAAAAGUGUGUCAUUUUUUGACUUUGGUCUUCCAGAUCAAAGAUCACUGAUGCAUGUCACAAGCAGAAAAAAAGCAUCUAACAGGAAAAAAAGCUUACCCAUGGAAAGCGUGGAAUUAACAGAAGUGAAAGCAGAAUAUGAAAAGUUGUUAAUGGAAUUUGAAGCUGAGAGAACAACGAAUGAAAUACAAAUAGACUACUUAACAAGAAGACUUGUGGACACUAGUCAUUGUUUAGAUAAUGAACAGAAGAUUAAAUCCACAUCCGAUACUGAUAAAAGUUCAAUGGAAAUGGAGGCGAAUCUUGUUAUCAAACAACUUCAGGAAAAGAUCUCAGUGUUGGAGAUGGAGAAGGAGAAGGCUUCAAGUUUUCAGAAUUUGGAUUCUGUUGUAGAUUUAGAUACAGAAAAAGAUAAGGAAGCCAUUGAUAAGUAUGAAAAGCUAUACAAAGAGCUUUUGGUUGCACAGGAGGAAGCCCAUUUGGCUCAUCAACAACUUACAUCUUCAAUGGAUGAAGACUCUGAAGCAUUGGCAAAGUUAUCAACAAACAUUCAAGAAAUCACAUUUGAGAUUCAACAGUCAAAGGCCCUUUUUGAGUCUGAACAUUUGCAAAAUCAUAGUGCCCUAUCAGACCUUAUUGCUGAGGUCAGGUCUUUCUCUUCUCAUGACUUUGCUCAAAUAAAAAGACUACUUGCUGACUAUGAAAAAGUUCAUUCUUGCAUGAAAGCCAAAGUAGAUGAACUUGAACGUGAAAAGAUUUCAGUGUUGGAGAUGGAGAAGGCUUCAAGUUUGCAGGAUUUGGAUUCUGUUAUAGAAUUAGAAAAACAGAAAGAUAAGUAUGAAGAGUUAUAUAUGGAGCUCUUAGCUGCAAAGGAGGAAGCCAAUUAUGCUCAUCAACAACUUACUUCUUUAAUGGAUGAGGACUCUGAAGCAUUGGCAAAGUUAUCAACAAACAUCCAAGAAAUUACAUUUGAAAUUCAACAUUCAAAACCUCUUGUUGAGUCUAUCUCUAUCUCUAUCACUUCAAUGAUGGAUGAACAUUUGCAAAGUUGUAGUGCCCUAUCAGACCUUAUUUCUGAUAUUGGAUCUUUCUCUUCCCAUGACAUUACUCAAAUAAAAAGACUACUUGGUGACUAUGAAAAACUUCAUUCUUGCAUGAAACUGAAAAUAGAUGAACUUGAGCAUGAAAAGAUGGAAAAUUUGGAUUCAGAUAAGUAUGCCAGCAAUAAGCAUGAAGAGCUAUACAUGGAGCUCUUGGCUUCACAGGAGGACACAAAUUUGGCUCAUCAACAACUUACUUUAUCAAUGGAUGAGGACUCUGAAGCAUUGACAAAGCUAUCAGCAAACAUUGAAGAAAUUACAUUUGACAUUCAACAGUCAAAAACCCUUGUUGACUCCAUCACUUCAAUGAUGGAUGAACAUUUACAAAGUUGUAACACCCUUAUUGAUGAUGUCAGAUCUUUCUCUUCCCAUGACUUUACUCAAAUGAAAACACUACUUUGUGACUAUGAAAAACUUCAUUCUUGCAUGAAAGCCAAAGUAGAAGAACUUGAACAUGAAAAGCUUCUUAUGUGCAAUCAAUCUGAGGAUCUUCAAAAAAGGCUAGAAGAAGCUUGUUUAAGUGGUGAAAAUUCAUCACGGGCUUUAACAGAGCUUUCUGAACGAUAUGAAACAGAAACAAACGAAUUAAUUACUGAAAUCAGAACACUAGAAAAUGAGAUAGGACAUUUAUCAACUUCUGUUUUGGCUAAAGAGAAGGAAAGCAUGAGAAAAGACCUUGAGAAAACAAAAGUAAAACUGAAAGAAACAGAGUCAAAGCUAAGAAAUACCAUUCAAGAAAAAACAAAGGUGAAAAAAGCAUCUGCAGAGAGAGAAAUAAAACGUUUGCAUAGUCAGAAAAUGAUUCUUGAACGUGAUAUGAACAAACGUGAGUCAAGGCGUGAUUCAGUUCUUGAUAGAAGCUCAAAUAUUUUUGAACCAAGAAAAGGGAAAGGACAUGUUAAUAAUGUUGAUCAGGAAGAGUAUAGAAAACUAGAAGUGCUUGCAUUUGAUAUGGAGAGAACUAUUGUUUCUCUAGAAGAACAAUUAGCAACUGCUAAUGAUGAAAAUCAACAAGCAGUGUUGAGAUCUGAAAGUUUAGUACAAGAAGUUGAAGAAUUAUCUGAUAAAUUAGAGUAUUCAAACUCAGAACUGGAAAGAUUUGAAGAAAUGAUUUCAAGUCUUAGGGCAAACUUGGAAGAAGCAGCAAUUAAAAAUCAGAAUGCAGAUAGCUCUAUUAGUAGGUUGAUGGAGGAAAAGGAAGAAAUGGCUAUGCAACUUACUGAUGCUCUUCUGGCAAUUGAGGAGGAAAGGGCAAUAUGGUCCACCACACAAAAAGCUUCAAUUGAAGCCAUUGAAAGCAAAUCAAAGUCAUACAAUGCUGAGAUUGCUUUGUUAACAGAUAAAAUGUCAGAGGUGAGGAAUGAACUGGAGGCUUGCAGAGAAACAUACAAUAUCAUCAAUGAAAAACUGUCUGUUGCAGAAGAAAAAGUGGAAUUGGAGAAAUCAUGCAGUAUGGAGAAAUCACUUGAAGUUGACCGACUGAAGAAUGAUCUUAUACUGCUUGAUGACCAGAAGAAAACAUCAGAAGAUAAGUUACUGAAUCAAAUUGUUGAGAUCACAAAAGAAAGAAAAGAGUUAGUGGCUCAGAUUGAAGAACAACAACUGCUCAUGGAAAAAUGUAAUGACAAGCUUUUGAAUGCGAAAGCUAAAGUUGAAGAGUUGACAAUGAAGCUAUCCACCUUAGAAGCCAAAACACACUGUGGUGAUAUAGACAAGGCGAAAUUGAGAAUGAGGUUAAAUGGAGCACAAACAAGGUUGGAUGGAAUGAGGGUGAGGUGUAAAGAAGAAAUGGAGGAGAAAGAGUUUAUGAAUAAAAAGUUUGAAGAGGCUACAAAUAAGUUAAAGGAACAGUUGGUAUGUUGUAGAACUGAAAACAUGAACCUUAAAAAGCACCUUCUUCUCAAAGAGUAA